AUGCAAGGACUUCUGCCAUAUCCAAUUAACGCAAUUAUCCCAUCUGGUUAUGACGCUCAAAAACUCACCAUCAUUCCAUCACUUAACUCACAGAAAGAAAUUUAUGUAAUCUCCGUUAGAAAUGCCAUUCGAUUCACAGAAACUAUCGUUCCAUUGCUCGUCUUCAUUCUCAAAACAUCGAUUAUCAAUGAAUUUUCGAUUGAAGUGAUUCGUCAAAGAGACUGGGUCAAUGUAUUCGGAAAUAUGUUGGAGCCAGCGUCAUUUAGGAUUAAGAAUUUCCAUGGAGUAAUAUUGUCAUAUCAGGAGACAAUGUUUUUCGUUUCAAAACUCCAUUCUAUUAACGAGUCGAUUCAUUUGGAUGCAAAUGGUUGUCAGAAGUUUCCGAUGGAACGCUUGAUCGAGGAUCCGGCGAUCUUGAACGCGAAAUUACUCAGAAUCCGAGAUCUACCAAACAAAGAUGCUGUCUGGAAACUGGCAGAGAAAUGGAUCGAAAAUGAUUCCCCAAUCGGCACAACAUUCAGAGUCACUUCAACCAACCAUCACACUUUUCAUCAAUUUGCAGUUGUGUUCAAAGACCGACUAAUCUCUGAAACCAAUGAAGAAAUUCUAAUCAAAACGGAUAAUCCAUCGAAGCAUAUUCUCCUCAAGUUGGCUCGUCGCUGUCGUGUUUCUAGACCAUUGAUCUGCAUUGUGGUUUCCUCGGAAACUAAAGAGUUGGAAUUCGAAACAUCCGGAAAAUGGGUCACCAAAAAGAUGAUGCCUCUCUCGGAAUAUCUUUCAUUCCUAUUUGUAGAAGAUAUGAACGAGGAAGACGAUCUCAAUGGAAGUAGUUUUAUCAUACUGAUGCUUCACUGUGUCUGGCUCCUUAUCACUAUGAUUUUGAAAUGUCUUUUCGGUAGAAACUGA